UAUACACACAACACACAAGUUUUAUUAAUAAUAAAUAUUAAAUUAUUUAUAUUAAUAAUUAAAUGUAUCAUACAUACAAAGUAAUCAAAUACUUAACAAAUUUAUGUUACUUUUAAUAAAAUAAUGAAUAAAAAUUUAAAAAUUAUUUUAAUAUUUUCAUUGUAAAAGUGAAUUAGAGGAGAGAUUAAAAAUAAUUAAGUGCACAGUCAAGUGAAUUUAACCUCAAAAUGCCUGGUGAACCAUCAGCAGGAGGAAAAACGUCCGGUAAGGUGAAAAGAAUUUCCAUUCCAAGGGUUCAAAGCAGCACCGAAACUGAACUUCAAUCUCAGCAAAGUGGCGGAACUCCAUUACAACCAACUUCUUUACAAUAUGCAAGUUUUCGACCUGAUCAAGACGAAAGUUCAAUUCCUCCGAGUUUAAGAUCCAGGUUGAUGGAUCUUUUUCAGCAAAUUGAGAAGGAAUUUGAAAUUGUUUGCGCCGAAAACAUUGGUUUACAAGAAAAGAUUGAUGUACUGAAUGAAAAACUGGAGCGAGAAUGUUAUGGAUCUGGCGAGAGGAGCUUGCCAAUCGGAGAUUUUACGGAUUAUUCGGAUGCAAAGAAUUUCGCCAAACAAAAAUGUGGAGGUUCUGCUCAGAAAGUGAAAGCAUCACAUAAACUUCGAGCUCAAACUAGUAAAAUAGUGUCUAGUUUCAAGAACCCGACAAUGACUUGCAGCAUGCAGAAAGAGUAUUCCGGUCACCGGGAUGGAGUGUGGGAAGUGUCAGUGGGAAGAUCGGGCCAACCGAUAAUAGCUACAGCCUCGGCAGAUCACACGGCUCGAAUUUGGGGAAUCGAGAGUGGAAGGUGUCUUCUGCAGUACAUUGGUCACACUGGUUCUGUGAAUUCAGUUCGAUUUCAUCCGACGCGAGAUCUGGUUCUCACGUCAAGUGGAGACAAUUCCUCGCACGUGUGGCAGGCGGCCGUCAACUGGGACAUGCCAAAGAGACUUCAGUCCUCUGCGGAAGACUUGUCCCUCGUCACUGGCGAAAGAUCUGCUGUCGACGAUCAGGAAGAGUUACCGCCAAUCUUGCGGACUCCAGUCAGAGAACUCGUUGGGCAUUCAGGCGUCGUUAUGGCUUCCGACUGGCUCCCUGGCGCGGAGCAAAUUGUCUCUGCUUCUUGGGACAGAACUGCCAAUCUCUACGAUACUGAAACUGGAGAUGUCAUACACACGUUGUGCGGACAUGACAGGGAACUGACGCAUGUCUCGACGCAUCACGCCCAACGACUUUGCGUCACUUCCAGUCGCGACAGCACUUUUCGACUCUGGGACUUCAGAGAGCCCAUCCACUCGGUUUCUGUUUUCCAAGGACACACUGAAGCUGUAACGUCGGCAGUCUUUACAAGAGAGGAUAAGAUAGUGUCGGGGUCGGACGACAGAAGUGUCAAAGUGUGGGAUCUGCGAAACAUUCGCAGCCCACUGGCGACGAUUCGCGGCGACAGUGCAGCGAACAGACUGGCCGUCUCGAGUGUGGGCGUCGUCGCUAUUCCUCACGAUAAUCGGCAGAUUCGGCUGUUCGAUAUGAGCGGACAGCGUCUGGCGCGGCUUCCUAGAACAAGCAGACAGGGACACCGGAGAAUGGUGUGCUCCGUGACUUGGGCAGAAGACACGGGGUCGUGCAACCUCUUUUCAUGCGGAUUCGAUCGCCUCGUGUUGGGCUGGAGCGUCGUACCUGUGAAGGAUGUUUGAGGUCUUCCACUGUUUCGGG